CCGGCGGCCCAUUGAUGUGCUUGGGGGACUCGGAAGGCUGGGUGCAAGCUGGGAUAGUCUCCUUCGGGCGCGGCUGCGCUCGACCCAACGAGCCUGGGUCCUAUUCCAGGAUCACCCACUUUCGCUCAUGGAUAAUGGAAACCUUGGGAAGAAUAGACGAAAAUGGGAGCUUACCAGCUAUUGACCUCCAAACGAAAUGUCUUGGAUCACUAUGCCAACUACCAGCAGGAAACUGUCUACAAGCAAAAUAUGUGUGUGACAAGGAGGUAAACUGUAUAGAUGCUGUGGAUGAAUUGUACUGCAACACCGAGGUACUAGCAACCCCGUCUACAGAUGGUUUGGAUACGAUUCCCACCACAACAGACAAUGCAUCCGAUGUCAACACACAAAACACCGUAGCUGCCAACGACACCGCCUCCGGCGCCAUAGCUGCCAACGACACCGCCUCCGGCGCCAUAGCUGCCAACGACACCGCCUCCGGCGCCAUAGCUGCCAACGACACCGCCUCCGGCGCCAUAGCUGCCAACGACACCGCCUCCGGCGCCAUAGCUGCCAACGACACCGCCUCCGGCGCCAUAGCUGCCAACGACACCGCCUCCGGCGCCAUAGCUGCCAACGACACCGCCUCCGGCGCCAUAGCUGCCAACGACACCGCCUCCGCGCGCCAUAGCUGCCAACGACACCGCCUCCGGCGCCAUAGCUGCCAACGACACCGCCUCCGGCGCCAUAGCUGCCAACGACACAGCCAUGGCUUCAAAUCAGACAUUGUAUGGGGGUUAUAACAACCAGUUCAGUGAAAGUAAAACAGCAGUGCCCCCGACUGCCCCAGAGUGCUCUUACAAUGAAUUCGUAUG